UGCAUUCAAUUCUUCCUCACUUAACCUUCACAUCUCAACAUAAUUACCAGUUUAUUACUCAACCAGUACCCAAAUUUUCCUCCAAUUUUCAUAAUCUAAAGCUUCAGAAAACGAAUCAAGAAUUUUCACUGCAGUUCGGCAUUCCAAUUCCAAUCCCUCCUUUUGAGUUUUAAACCUUUUUCUAUUCUGAUCCCUGCAAUUCAAAGCAAUAAUGAAUUUUUUGCCGUAGCUUCCAUUGCAAUAAACCACGGUCCCACCAGCAAAUUAAACCGUCCGCCUCUCGCUAUCUCCUCUCUCUCUCUCACACACACACACAAAACCUCUACAUACGCCCUUCAUUCAAAUGGUUUCCAAGAACCAGAACAAGGCUCCUCCCAGUCCUUCAACAGUGAAUUUCUCUUCCAUUAAUAGAAAAAGUAGUAGUAUCGAUGAGGGUUCCUUAGAUAAGAGGAGAGGGAUUGCUAGCACAAAAAUGGCACCUAACACUGGAACACGAACUCAAACUCGUCAAGCAUUUUCAGUGGUAAAUGGGGGCCAAGAUCUACCACCACUUAGUGCGCCGCCAAGCAAUAUUGGUUCUGAUUGUGGUGCAAUUGAGUUCACAAAAGAGGAUGUCGAUACCUUACUCACCGAGAAGUUGAAGAAAAAUUUGAACUACAGGGAGAAGAAUGACAAAAUGAUUGAUUUCAUCAAAAGACUUAAGCAAUGUAUCAAAUGGUUUCUGCAACUUGAAGCAAACUAUGUUGAGGAGCAGGAAAAAAUUAAAAAACUGUUGGAAUUGGCAGAAAAGAAGUGCAAUGAUACGGAGUCGAUGAUGAAGGCCAAGGAAGAUGAAUUGAAUUCUAUUAUUAUGGAAUUGAGGAAAAAUUUGGAAGCUUUGCAGUCAAAGUUUGCAAAGGAGGAAGUUGACAGAGUGGAAGCAUUAGAUUCUUUGGCUAGAGAAAGAGACUUGAGAUUGGCCGCAGAGAAAUUACAAGCUUCUCUUUCUGAAGAUCUUAGGCGAAGUCAAUUGGAUAAUGCUAGUGCUAACCAGAAGAUUCAGUCACUUAAUGAUACAUACAGGCGGUUACAAGAGUUUAAUACGAGUUUGCAUCAAUGGAAUACUAGGCUUCAAUCGGAUCUUGAAGCGACAAAUACUACGCUCAAACGUGUUCAGGAAGAAAAGGCAGCCGUUGUGGAAAACCUAAGCAUUUUGAGGGGCAACUUUACUUCUCUGCAAGAGCAGCUUAGUUUGUCACGGGCAUCCCAAGAUGAGGCAAUCAAGCAUAAAGAAGCACUAGGCAGUGAAGCUUCACGCUUGAGAGGCGAUCUGCAACAAAUGAGGGAGGACCGUGAUCGACAGUUGGCACAAGUUGAAGGGUUACAAUCUGAAGUUUCAAAAUACAAGGAAUUUACUGGAAAGUACACAGCAGAUUUGGAGACUCUGAACACUAAAACAGUGAAACUGGAGUCAACAUGCUCGGAUCAAAGUGAGCAAAUAAGAAGAUUACACGAACAACUUGCUUCCGCGCAACAGAAAUUGCAGCUUUCUGAUCUAUCAGCCAUGGAAACAAGAUCCGAAUUUGAGGUGAACAAGGCAAUGAUUCUUGAGUUGAAAAGUCGUCUAGCUGAUGCAGAGUUAAAGAUUGUCGAGGGAGAAAAUGUUCGCAAGAAAUUGCAUAACACUAUUCUGGAGUUGAAAGGGAAUAUUCGUGUAUUUUGUAGAGUGAGACCCCUGCUUUCUGAUGAUGGGGUUGGAAAUGAUGUAAAAGUUGUUUCAUUCCCAACAUCAAUGGAAGCGCAGGGUCGAGGCAUUGAUUUGAGCCAAAAUGGGCAAAAGCACUCUUUCACUUUUGACAAAGUAUUCGUGCCUGAUAACUCACAAGAAGAUGUUUUUGUGGAGAUAUCACAACUAGUUCAAAGUGCGCUUGAUGGAUAUAAGGUCUGCAUAUUUGCCUAUGGGCAAACAGGGUCUGGUAAGACGUAUACAAUGAUGGGUAAGCCAGGACUACUAGAUCAGAAAGGUUUAAUUCCAAGGUCAUUAGAGCAAGUAUUUCAGACAAAACAAAUGCUUGAAGCCCAAGGAUGGAAGUAUGAGAUGCAGGUGUCAAUGCUUGAAAUAUACAAUGAAACAAUACGUGACCUGUUAUCAGCAAACAAAUCAACCUUCGAUGCAUCACGAGUAGAUACUGCUGCAAAGCAAUAUGCUAUCAAGCACGAUGCAAAUGGCAACACCUAUGUCUCUGAUCUUACAAUUGUUGAUGUCCGCAGUAGCAGGGAAGUUUCCUAUCUCCUAGAACGGGCAGCACAGAGCAGGUCUGUUGGCAAGACCCAAAUGAAUGAACAGUCUUCAAGGAGCCAUUUUGUCUUUACCCUAAGAAUAGUCGGUGUUAAUGAGAGCACUGAUCAGCAAGUCCAAGGUGUUCUGAAUCUCAUUGACCUUGCUGGUAGUGAGCGUCUUUCCAAGAGUGGAUCGACUGGGGAUCGUCUUAAAGAAACUCAGGCCAUCAAUAAAAGUUUAUCAUCACUAAGUGAUGUCAUUUUUGCCUUGGCCAAGAAAGAGGAGCACGUUCCGUUUAGGAACUCCAAGCUCACUUAUCUUCUCCAGCCUUGCUUAGGCGGGGAUUCGAAGACUCUGAUGUUUGUGAAUGUUUCACCGGAUCCUGCAUCUGUGGGUGAAUCACUCUGUUCGCUACGGUUUGCUGCAAGGGUGAAUGCUUGCGAGAUUGGCAUCCCAAGACGUCAAACUAAUCUAAGAUCAUCAGAUUCUCGAUUGAGCAUUGGUUGAAUGACUUUUUGUUUAUGGGAUGGGAUUACACUACAUUUUAGAUUUAGGAAAAUGUGUUUGUUUUGAUACUGAUAACAAAUGACAGAAAUCUAACUAGUUUGUAAGGUUGAAGUGAUUGUCUAUAUAUAACAGAUAUAGGGAUAAUAUACAAGGGCGCUUCAGCAUCAGCCCUUCUAUUAUUCAUUUGUAUAUUUAUCAAGAUUUUUUGUA